AUGAGCUCCCCUCCAGGAUCCACAGCGAAGCGACAGCGACUGUCCUCGAUGAGAACGUCGCUAUCGAAUCGUACUCCUCUCCGAACAUCGCAAUCGAGUCUGCCUGUUCCAUCGCAGCCUCCCAAUGUGAGCAGAAUCGCCGCAUCGCAACCUUCAUACGACUUUAUCGGUGGCGAGCCUGAGAAUGCACACCCAGCGAAACGAACAAUGCUUAGGAAGCCAUCGUUCAGCAAACUCGACCAUGGUACCGACGAGAACUUGCGCGCGAAGGUGAACUCACUUGAUUAUGAGCUCAAGAACCUGCAGCAAGAGCGUAAUAUGGUCGCGCUGCAGCAUGAUAAGGAGAUGCGCGAUCUACAGGCCAAAGCUGACACCGACUUCAAGAAAUACCAGGCUUCCGAAAGCGCUGCCCAAAAAGCGACGCAGCGCUAUGAGAGUCUACAAAAAGAGAUGCGUGAUCUGCAGGACCAGAGCAUCAACGAAAAAGCAGCCCUCGAACGCCGGUUACGAGACCUUCAAGAUCAGAGCGCAUCCUCGAAAGAAGAUGCAGAGGAUGCGCAGGCACGACUGUCAGACUCAGAAAGACACUACAAGCAUCAGCUGAACGAUGUGGAAGCCAAACGUGUUGCUCUGCAGGAAACAGUUGACAAAUUACGACAAGAUCUGGAACAGCAACUCAAGGAAUGGGACAGUGCUCAGAGCCGGUUACUUCAACGAGAUGCAGAUGUCGAAUCCCUCGAAGCACAGGUCCUGGAGCUCAAAACACAUGCGGGCGACAGCGACGCGCUCAGUGUCCUACAAACCCAACUGACAGAACAAGUCGCGCAUAUCCGGAAUCUGGAGACUGCGAACCGCGAACAGACUGCGGAGUUACGCAAGCUACGAGACGCUCAUCGAAGCGUACAGGUUGUGGAAGAGCAGAAACGUGGACUGGAAACCGAGCUGCAGGUCUUGAAAGAUGUGGAGCGACAACUCGGUGAGGCGCAGAUACAGAAAGAGAUACUCCUGGACGAAAAGCGCCAGUGGACAAGUCUGCUAGAGCGCGAUGGACAAGAGCCAGAAUUCGCUUCCCCUGAAGCUGUCGUCAAAGCACUUGUCGAAGCCCGCAUCGAGGCCGAGUCUUUAGCCGGACGCAUUGGCGGCAUCGAGGCCGAAAGCUCCGAAAAGGACGAGAUGCUCAAAUCACUCGAUGCAGAGCGAAAGUCGCUACAAGAAGAGCUGGACAAGGCAAAAGCCACAGUCGCUUCAGCACCCGAGACCAAUGACAACAAAGCGUACAAGCGACUCGAGCGACAGAAAAACUUGGCGGUCAAGGAGACUGAAUAUCUCCGAGCGCAACUAAGCUCUUUUGACAGCGAAGAGACGAUGGAGAAUCCUAGUUUUGACACGCAACGGGCUGAGCAGAUCAAGCAGCUGAAGGCGUUGGUUGACCAGUACAAGACCGAGGUGGCUUCUAUACAUGCCGAGCUAUCGAGCUUAGAGUCGGCAGCUGCAGCCACUAGCGAGCCUCAUGGCACCAAGAGGCGAGCCGAAUCACAGGAGCCCGAUGCAGACAACUCGGCUCAGCUUGGACCACUUCUUCGGAAGAACAAGAAUUUGCAAAUGGCACUACAGAAGACGGCGCAACAGUCGAAGAUGCUGGCCACGGAGUUGCAGGCGGCUAAAACCCAACUCAAGUCGCUGAGGGAGAGCGCCAAAACUCGAGUAUUGGAGCUCCGCGACAAUCCAACAGCGAAUGCGGAAGCGAUCAAGAUGGCCACCCUCCGGACCCUGAAAGAGGAGAAUCGCGAUCUAUUGGGUCAACUACGUGGCGAGAAUCUACAGGGUGUCAAGGUCGUGCCUGUUAGUACACUGGACGCGUUGAAACUCGAGCUCCAGGAUAUGGAGACGGUCGUGGCGGACAAGGAGAAGCGAAUGCGGCGGCAAAGGGAGAUCUGGACGGAUAAAGCAGCCGAGUUUCGCGAUGUGGUUGCUUCGGUGCUGGGGUGGAAGAUCACCUUCAUGCCAAACGGGAAAGCAAAAGUGUCGAGCAUGUUCUACGGCAGGGGCGGCGAGGCAGAAGAUGACGAGGACGAGCAUUAUAUCAUCUUUGACGGUGAAAAUGGGACCAUGAAGAUCAGCGGUGGUGCGGAUGGGGAUUUUGCGAGGGAGAUCAAAGAGCAGAUCGACUUCUGGGUCAAGGAGAAGAAGGAGAUCCCGGGCUUCCUCGCGGCUCUGACCAUCCAGUUCCACGAUGAGUACCGCAGUAGAUGA